AUGGCCAUCACUUAUCCCACGCUAUCAAAUUAUGAGACCUUGGCUGCAAAUGCGCUUAUCGACGCCGGCGUUCUCAGCCAGCACGUCAAUGUUGCGGGCGGUGAUGCCGCGCAUGAGGCGAAGAUCGGAGGACUGAGAACAAAGCUCUUCGAGUCCGCCCAAGCCCUACUUCAAGCAGUGACGCCUCCGGAAUACACCUUGACUCAAGGACUCUCUGCCAGUAUCAUGGAUCUCACGGUCUUUCGGUACAUCAGUUGGUACGAAGUUGCUGAAGGCGUCCCCACCGACCAUCCCAUCUCCUACAUUGAUCUAGCCAUCAUACUUGGUGUCGACCCUGUCCAACUCAAGCGCAUCCUACGCUACGCCAUGACCAAGCACGUCUUCACAGAGACUUUAUCCGGCCAAGUCGCUCACACCGACGCCUCGCUACUCUUACUUCAAGACGGCAUUGCCACCAUGAACCGAUACUCCACCAACCGAGGCUUCCCCAUUGCAGCUUCCUUCAACGACGCGAUCGAGAAGUGGGGCCACGGCGCACAAGAAGCAAAUCAGACAGCAUUCAACAUCGCCUUCAACACCAAAUUGCCACUCUUUGACCACCUUGCGACCGAUCCUGCCUAUGCAAGGGACUUCCACCACGUCAUGAAGUUCUUCAGCAAGACGCCGCCCAUGAGCAUCGACCAUAUCAGGAGCGCCUUCGACUGGAAAUCUCUUCCUGCCAACGCCACCGUUGUGGACAUCGAUCUGCCCGAAGUUGUCGCUCAAGGCACGGAUCCAAUCACAUCUACCGUACCCAGACAUCUCGCCUCGCGCAUUAGCUUUCAACCACAUAGCCUCUGGGACGUGCAGCCGCAAAGGUCUGCAGAUGCCUACUUCAUGCGCAUGAUCUUCCACGACUGGCCGCAGAAGUACGCAGUGAAGAUCCUGCGGCAACUCGUUGCAGGCAUGAGAGCGGGCGCGAGGUUGUUGAUCAUGGACUAUGUGACGCUGGAGCCUGGCAAACUAGAGCCGGUGGACGAAAAGCGUGUCAGAAUGCGCGAUUUGCAAAUGAUGAUUAUGCACAAUGCACUGGAGCGUGACGUGGAGGAGUGGACGACGUUGUUGGUUGAAGCGGAUGAGCGGUUGAGAUUGGUCGGGAUUACGACGCCGGCGGGGAGUGCGUUGUCAAUAUUGGAGAUCGUACUUGAUGCGUCCCCAGCUCUAAAGAUCACUCCACCUACUCCGGCGACAGAAACAGCCCCCGGAGACGCCGACCAUGUUACCGACGAAGGUCUCAUGAACUCGGCAACAUCUAGGCCUGAAAGCGAGGCCGCCGACCAGACCAGUCCACGCUCUCCCGAUUCCUUCGCCUCCUUAUCUUCCACGAACUCGACCACAUCAAGUCAAACAGAGCCUACAGCCGAGACGCCUGCGGAGCCUGCUUCAAUUGCGAGCCAAAAGAGCCUCACGGAGAUCGCGACUUCUAUCAUAGACGAGGAGAUCCACGGCGCUAUUGUUGUCUCGCUCAACAACAACGCACAUGGAGCACCUAUCGUGGUCUGA